UUUUUUUUUCCUCAACAUGCGAGCUAAAACGAGUCGUCUUUAUAAAAAAGCAAUGCAUUCUUAUUGCAUAAGCUUCAAUUUUCGUACUCCUUAUCAGAUACUAUUGGAUAGUAGUUUUUGUAAAUUGGCUACAGAACAACGUCUUAAUUUACAACAGGAUCUACAAACAGUGCUAUGCAAUCCAACUCGACCAAUGGUAACCGAAUGUGUUAUUCAAGAACUUCACAAAACUGGAGAUCAUCGCGCUGCAACGGUUGCUAAAAGUUUUGAACGACGAAAAUGCAAACAUCAUCUUCCUGUAACUAGUCAACAAUGUAUAUUGGAAUUGAUUGGAUCCAACAAUGAUAAUAAUUAUGUUAUUGCAACUCAAAAUGAUAUUAUACGAAAACAAAUCCAUGAUAUUCCCGGUGUACCCGUCUUACGUGUUAAAAAUGGUAUGAUUAUUUUGGAACCUUUAUCAAAAGUGACAAAGGAUGCUAUUCUACAAAAAGAAAAAGAAAAAACUCUACCUUCUUCUGCUGAAGCACAACAAUUAAAAAUAGCCAAAUUGGUACAGAAACCUCCAACUGAACCUGUUCACAAGAAGAGAAAAGUCAAAGGUGCCAAUCCUCUUAGUAUGAAAAAGAAGAAAAAACAAUCUCCUCCUCCACCAAAAAAACAAAAAAAUCAAGGCAACAAGAAGAAUAAAAAUACCAACAACGACAAAACUACUACUAAUACUACUUCCAAGACUGGUGAAAAAAGGAAACGAUCAUCAGAUGAUACCAAAGAUUCAUAGACUGUCAGUUACACUUUAUUUUUUUUGACAUAUAUAAUAAAAAUUUGACUUUUUUUUAGACUCCCCUUUUUUUU